AUGCUGGUCUCCUUGACUGUAGGCAAGGUCGAUGCCGGCGUCGCCGUGCUCCUGACCCAGGACAACCGCCUCAUCGAAUUCCCCUCCGUCCUCCUCCCAAACAAUAUCUCCUCUGGCAGCAUUGUUGAUAUUACCGUUGCGCGCAACCAUGCCGCCGAAUCGGCCAACGCAACUGCCUUCCAGUCCCUUCAAAAACGUAUCCUGAACACAUACGGUGUCAAAGCCCCGUCGCCUCCUAUCCUUCGUCUACGAAAUGCUACUCAGACCUCUCUUGUCCUUGAAUGGGACCCUAUCGACUUGGCUACCGCAUCCCUGAAAUCGCUCUCCCUCUACCGCAAUGGCUCUAAGGCUGGCUCUAUACCCCGCCCUCUCGAGACGCGCAGCACCAAAAUUAGUGGUCUGGCCAUUCACUCGGAGUAUACGUUCCACCUUGUCUUGCGCACUACUGCGGGUACCUACCAGUCGGAGAAGUUGACCUGUCGCACACACAAGAUGACCGAUCUAUCUGGUAUCACCGUGACCCCUGGUAUUCUGGACCCAGCCCGCAAGGAAGCACUCGGAGCUACGCUUGACCGCAUUGGCGGUAAGUUGAUUGAUUCCGUGCGUAUCGAUACAACUCACUUUGUCUGCACGGAGGGCCGCGGCCCACUGUGGGAGAAGGCUGUUGAGAUGAACAUCCCCGUUGUUGUACCGGAAUGGGUUGAUGCGUGUGAAUCUGAGGGUACAAUCGCUGGUGUGCGUGGAUACUAUCUUAAUGCGGAUCCUAAGGCCCGUCAACUUGGGGUUAUGCAUGGUUCUUCUCAUCAACGCACUACUUCUACUGUCUCUGCGGCUACGACUGCGCAAGGUAGACCUAGUACUCAGCCUAGGCCUAGUGAGCAAGAACAGCCUGCGCCUGCUGAGCCUCCUUUGACGCCUUUCCCCGGUGGAGAAACUAGUACUCAACCGCAAGCGGAGACAAAGGAGGUCCCCUCAGAAGAUGAGGUUGAUACUCCGCCCCCACCACCUCCGCCGAAGGAUGAGACCGAGGACAACGAGGAGCCUCAGCAGAAUGGUGAUGCGGAGGUUAAGCCUGCGCCGGAGUCUGAAGAGAAAUCCGAGGAUAUUCAUGAGAAGGCAAAUGGUGAUGAAGAGGCUAAAGAGGGUACUCUCCCGCAGAAUAGACCUGAGGAAGACUCCGAGCCACAAAGCGCGACAAGUUCUAAGGAGAAAGGCAAAGAGGGUGAGGGUGACUUCAGCGAAGUAACACUCUAG